AUGUCGUCUUCAGAAACAGUGGCUGUAGUUAUUGAUGCUGGAUCUCAAUCCACAAAGGCGGGUUUUGCUGGAGAGCCUUUUCCUAGAUGUGUAAUACCAACAGCUGUGGGUCGAUUUCGGCAAGAUGGUCUCUUGGAUUGUGUGCCUGAUAUAUACUUUGGUAAUGAAGCGAUACUAAAGAGAGGUAUUUCAAAGUUGACAUGGCCGAUAAAAAGCGGAAUGGUAAACAAUUGGCAUGAAAUGGAGAAUUUUUUACAUCAUAUAUUUUAUAGAGAGCUUCACGUCGCACCAGAAGAAUCACGCGUUUUGUUAGCAAUUCACCCUCUUACUGAAAAGUCAGAUAAAGAAAAAAUAGCAGAAAUACUGUUUGAAUCUUUCUCAGUGAAUAGUAUUUAUUUAGCUACUUCUUCAGCGCUAGUAUUGCAUGCCAGCGGUAGGACGUCUGGAAUCGUCUGGGACAAUGGUUAUUCAUGUUCGUACGCUGCACCAGUCUUCGAAGGAUUUCCUCUUAAGCAUGCCACGGUCUGUUCAAAUAUCGUCGGAGAUUUCCUAACUACACAACUUCAACGGAUGCUAUAUGAGAUCGGCUACAGUUUUACGACGAAUAUUGAAAGGGAUUUACUGGAAAAGAUAAAAGCUGAGUUAUGUUAUGUUGCUAUCGACUAUGAAGAUGAAUUAAAGAAAUCUUCGAAUUCUACUCAGUAUAAUCUUCCGGAUGGUCAGCACGUACUGGUUGGCGAGGAAAGAUUCAAGUGCCCAGAAAUAAUGUUCCAGCCUUCUUUACAGGGCUAUAGUUACCCCAGCAUUGUGGAUGACAUUUGUUCCAGUAUUAACAAAUGUGAUUUGGACUAUAAAGCACUAUUUUUCGAUAAUAUCGUAAUGUCUGGAGGGUCGAGUAUGUUUAAAGGAUUGCCAGAACGAUUGGGUGUUGAAUUAGCUAGAAGGGUUUGUGAUCUACCUGGUAUAAGAGCGACAGUUGAUGCUAUGUCCACAAGAAACUAUUUAGCUUGGGCCGGUGGAUCUAUUGUGGCUUCUUUAAACUCUGCGAAGGAAUUUUCAAUGACAAGAAAGGAAUACGAAGAUGUUGGUGUUGAAAAAGUUCAUUAUAAAUUUUAUUGA